CACGGCGAUAACCGCACCACCGUCACGGUCUACCUGUUGUUAUAUUCCAACUCUUGUUUUUAAAUUGUUUUUCUUUUUACAUAUAAUUUUCCGAUAAUCCUUUCAAUAUACUUUAAACUUUUUUACAGUUGGAACAUAGUUAUUGUUUCUGUAGUUGGUUGUAGAAGUGGUUCAAGUGUUUCCUUAUGGUUAAUUCUAUAGUGUUAUAGUAUGGUUAGGUUGUGUAAAGGUUAUGUGAACUAUUGAACGUUUGACUUGCGUGAACCGGAGUCGGUGUGGGAUUUCAGUUGUAGUGACGGCGAAACGUGUAUUCAACUACAGUGCGAUUUAUAUUUAUGUAAAAUGGAGGCGAUUCAGUCAAGUGUUCAGUCUCAGGAAGUGAAGUGCAGUGAGGAGGUGGGUGAAGUGAAAAGUGACGUGUUGGUGAAAGUGGAGGAUGACGGCGACGAGGCGAUGAGUAAGGGCAGCCAGCGGGAGAACAGGCUGACCAGCAUCAUUGACCAACUGCGGUGCCAGAGCAAGCUGAAAGGAAACGUACAACGGGAUGCAUUUGCCUUUACUUCAAAUAACGGUGAAGGCGGCGGCGGCGGCGGGGGAGCGCGGCGGUGCGCGCGCGACGCGGCGUCGCCCGCGCACGCACCGCCGCCGACGCCAACCCCUGCGCCGCACGCGCCGGUCAAGAGCGAGCGGCUCAGCCCGCACGACUCCAACGCUUCCAGGUCUCGUAGCGUGACCCCGUCGACGUCAUCGUACCCCGGCACGCCGCCGGAGCGCGGCAGCCCGCACGCGCCUGCGCCGCCUGCGUCCGCGCACCCGCCGCGCAACUACUCCGACAUCAUGCGCUCCCUCGCCGCGCGGUACAACACACAUAACAACAAUGACUAUUUCCACCGCAUGAACGGUUUCGGCGAGGUACGCACAUCGGCGCCCGCGCAGGACGCGACAGACGCGCCCCUCGGCGGACUGUUCACGAGACUGGCAUGCAAACAGGGUGGACCUCCACGACUACCUGCCUUCCCUGUCAUGCUGGAUAUGAGUUCCACUAAGACAUUGCUGGCGAUAUCGCGGGUGGGUCGAAGUGGGAGGUCGCGGCGCAAGCGCAACGGCGCGGGCGCACCCGAGCACUCACCGCUCGACCUGUCCGCGGCGGGCGAGAGCGCCGCCAAGCGCGCGCGGCUCUCUGCCAGCCCCAGCACCAGGAGCGACAGCGACGACAGAGACCGAGUCUCCAAUGAUGAACGUAGUGAUGCGCGUGGCGAGUGCCUGUGCGCAGAAGCCCGUGCCCGCCUCUCCGCUUGGUCAGUCGAUGAAGUUUGUGACUUCAUAAACUCAAUCGAUAUCUGUGCCGAAUACGCAACGAAUUUCCGUGAACAAAGAAUCGACGGAGCUGGCCUCCCCCUUCUCACAGAAGACCACCUAACAGGGAUGCUGCAGAUGAAGUUAGGGCCGGCUCUCAAACUGCGGGCUGUGCUGGCGAGGCGGCUGGAGCCGUGCGCGCAGUGCCAGGCCGCCACCAACACCCUCGCUAUGGCGCCCAGGAUAAACGGCGCCGCGCUCAAGUCGGAGCCCCGGAGCAACACAACCAGCCCCAGUUAGGGUCACUUCGAAAGUACCUAGUAUUUUUAACGCGUAUCGUUCCUGCACAACCGCUUUUUGUUCACAUAGAAAAUACAAGACUAUGCUCUUAUUUAAUUCCACCCAAUACAGUAUGUUUCAUAUACUCGUAUAUUAUUUUGAUAAUUUUCUGUGGAAAUAAAGGGCUGUAUUCAUGAUACAUCAACUCAGACAUUGACGUCUGAAACCAUUUUUAAGGCCUCGACUUAAAUAUUUUCAUUUGUCAGAUUCUGAAUCAUUUUUAACAAUCAUAAUAAUACUAGUUUAAUUAUAGUCAUCUGCCUGCAUUCGUACAGUCUUCUUGUUCAUAGAUUUUGCAUUUAGUUACUAUAAGACGCUUUAGUUUAUACUUUUAGUUAUAUAAGUUUUUGUUUUGUAUAUAAUAAACGAGUUGCCGUCCAAAUGUUUUAAAUGUAAUACUUGCGUAAGAAAUAUUUUUGUAUGUUAAUUCAUUAUCGAAAUAUAUAAAAUAUGGGGUCAGUUUAAGAAUUUUGUCAUCGCCCCAAAUUAAUACUUGCAUACAAAAAUGUUUUGCUAAUAACGAAAUUACUUCGGUGCUAAGACCCUGUGUAACUUAAAUAUUUUGUGUAUAUAAUGGCCGUUUUGUAAAGAAAUAUUGCUUAAAGAAUCGAGGCUACACGUCUACAGGGUCACAAAGAUAUAAACGGUUUGUAUAUAAAUACAGUAGUUGUAUAGAUGUAUAGUUAUAUAUGCGUGGAUUUACGAUAGCAUUUAUUGUCACCACACCUGAAGAAAGCUCAGUAAUACCGAUCUACAAUUAAAUACAUUGUAGUUAAAUUGUUUAGUUAGUUGUAUAGAGGACUUAACUUCACAGUGAGCAUAAUAUUUCCUUGUAAUUAUUGUUUUCUGUAAUAUGGAGAGUUAUGUAAAUAAUGUAACGACUGCUCGUAGGUGUUGUGGCGUAACUGGUUCUAGAGAUGAUCUUUUUUUAAUACAUCGAUAGAAUACUGGUAUUUUAUAUAUAUUCAAUGGAUCAAAUUAUACCAAAAUUGUAUUGAGGUCAAUCUCAAUGUUUAAUUUCUUUUUGUUUUUACGAUUUGACCAGUUACGAUCACAGACGUCGUUUAAAAUAGAUCUAGGUUGUAAUUCCUACAGAUAUUGUAUAAAAACGUGGUUUUCCUGUGGUAAUCUCCUUAAUUGCCAAAAUAGAAUGGUUAAAUAAACGAUAUACUUAUUUAGUAGGUAAAACGGGUUACUGGGGAUGUGUACACAUCUUGUAUAGUUAGAAUGUGGAUCCAAUAAUACUACUUACCCUGUUACAGGAAAAAAUAUAUUGAAAAUACUUUUGUAAUGAUAUUUUGACUUGGAACAUUGAGAUAAUUAAUUAACACAGAGAUGGUUACAAUGUUUCGUGUAAAACUAUGUUUUUUGGUAACAACUGAUUACUCGAAUCCAUAAACAACUACACAUAUUUGUCGUCAUAAUAGUUAGCUGAAGAAAACUAACAAAAAUAUCAAAUAAGCUUUACAAAAACACGAUUGAGAACGGUAAAGAACAUUUUCAUUGUGUUUUCAAGUCAAAAUAUUCCAAGUUCCAAAUAAGAAAACUCACCAGUGACCUUAAUAAUCAUAUAACGACCAACAUAUCAUCAAAAUCGUAAGGUGCUAUUUCGGUACGUAGAAUAAACUGUGCCUUAAACAGUCUUCCUUAAUUAGAAUAAUAAAAAAUAUAAUUACAAUAUUAUUAUUUUAAUAAUCAUAACACUUUCAGAAAAGUAUUACGGUUGUACGCUUUAAAUUGGACGAUAAUAAUACAUAAUAAUAAAUAGUUUUCUAUACAUAGAUUACUUGACGAAUUAUUGUUAAUAAGUGAUUAUUUUAAUAGAACUUUAUAUAUUUGAUCACAGCUUUUAUCAAGUAACUAAUGUAAACAGUGACUUACUGGAUAUUAUGCAUAGGGUGUGUCAAUUUGUACCUACACAGUUCUCAUAAGUACUUUACAAAUGGCGCUAUUUUAUUCAUGGAUAACUGUUUAAUAUGUACAAAAUGUAAACAGGUAAUGUUUAAUACACCAAAAUAGUACAUUUUGUAUUAUUACUUGGUAAGUUAGUAGUUCGGUACUCUGUAGUACUGAAAAUUUACUUUAUAUCAAAAGACUUAACUCACUAUUAAACAGUUUUACAUUAAUAAAAUACCAUCUUAUAGAAAGUUGGAGAUACAUCAGGUAUUUUUGUAUUUUCUGCACUAUGUUUGUCACAAGAACAAAUUUUUACUAUUACAUCAACCACCUACAUUUUGUAUUUUUGAUCCUGAAAAAGUUUGUUGUUGUAUCCUCCUGAUCUACAUAGACAUAAAAUAGUGCAUUUGUUACGAAAACUAAUUUUUACUACUUCAUCAAAUACCUAUUUUUUUUUUUGUAAUUUUUUGAUCCAAGAAGUUUCUUGAUCUUAAAAAAAGUUGAUUGUUGUAUGAACGAACCUACAUAGACAUGUAAAAAAGACUUAGCAUUUGAUUUGAGAACCUAUUAAAUUGUCAUUUUCUUUUGAUGAAUACACUGUUUAUGGACGAAACAGAAGGAAUACUAAAUAAAUACACAUGCUAAGUAAAGUUUACCUAUGUAUCUCCAUCUAAGAAGUCCGGUAUACAAGUUUGAUUGCAUAAAAAUCGUGAUUUUUUAAUGUUUUUGCGUCUUGUCUUCGAUAUAACUUCGGUUAUUGUUAUUUUUAAUGUAUAAUUAUUGUGUAUAACAAGGGUUUAGUCACUUUGUUAGUUUCCCUGCGAACAUUGUACUUAGUUAUUGUUUAGCUUGUCUAGCCGGUCGAGUACGAUCCAACCCUUUAAGUAUUUAUGUGAAGAGAAAUAAAAGCGACAAUUUAAUGAAACUA